AUGGCACCACCAGACACUCGAUCAGGCACCAUGUAUCAUAGCCAUGGCAUUGAAGUUUACCACAAGCCAAGAGACUUUACAGCGACAGAUCAUGACGCUGGAUUCAAUUUGCAAAAACUAGCAUGGAUCGAGCAAAGGGACGCUGAAGAGGCAUUCACUCGGGUGCGAGUACUCAAAGACAUAUCGGAGGAUGUGGUUUUGGUGGAGCAUGAAGAUCAUUCUCAGGAACAACAAGUGCCAAAAGAUCAAGUUUACAUGAUGAAUCCACCAAAGUUUGAUCAUGUAGAAGACAUGGCCGAAUUACUGUACAUGCAUGAGCCCGCUGUGGUCCAUAAUCUGACACAACGAUAUAAGCGAAAUGACAUCUAUACGUACUCUGGCAUGUUCUUGGUGGCCGUCAAUCCAUACCGCAAUCUGCCCAUCUAUUCGACAGAGAUCAUUCGGCACUAUAGAAAAAAGAGACGCGGCGAAGUGCCUCCCCACAUCUAUGCGAUAGCAGAUCAUGCUUUCUACGACAUGCUGCAUGACAAGGAGAACCAGUCUAUUCUCAUCACCGGUGAAUCUGGCGCGGGUAAAACUGAAAACACUAAGAUUGUGAUUCAAUAUCUAGCAUCGAUUGCUGGUAACGGCAGCAAUGGGUUUGGCACUGAUUUCACACAAAAGAGCACACUGGAAACACAGAUCCUCCAGGCCAACCCUAUUCUGGAGGCAUUUGGUAACGCACAAACUAUUCGCAAUAACAACUCUUCUCGGUUUGGCAAAUUUAUCCGUAUCGCGUUCAAUCGAAAUGGUGAUAUUCGUGGUGCAUUCAUUGACUGGUAUCUAUUGGAGACGUCCCGUGUGCAUACUCAGACCCUAGAGGAGAGAAAUUAUCAUAUUUUCUAUCAGCUGUUGAACGCUGCAGACCAGAAUAUCAAAGCACAACUCAACAUUGGCCAGCACUGCCCUGCCGACUUUAAUUACACCAAACACUCCAAUCACACGAUUCAAGGUGUUGAUGAUGCAGCUGAAUACAACAAGCUGGUGCACUCGAUGGAUAUCAUGGGCAUUGAUGCAGCAGAGCGUCUGGAAUUCUUCCGCAUUGUAGUCGCUGUCUUGUAUUUGGGCAACAUUGUCGUCAACAGCAACUACGGCCGGGUGGAUAUCAGCAAUUACGAAACUGCAUGUCAACUGUUGGGUGUCACACCUCAGUUGUUCAAGAAGAAUUUGUUGGAGCCACAAAUCAGAGCAGGCAAUGAAUGGGUAAGCCAAUCCAAAUCCCCAGGCCAAAUCAAGGACAAUCUGGAUGCGCUGUCCAAGGUGCUGUACGAGCGUAACUUUGGCCAUUUGGUAAGCCGUGUCAAUUCUGCCAUCGAUGGCCCUCAGUCCUUGGAAGGGAUGUCUAUCUCAGAGGGUGAACGUUUCAUUGGCGUGCUGGAUAUCGCAGGCUUUGAAAUCUUCAAAAUCAACAGCUUUGAACAGCUCUGCAUCAACUACACCAACGAGAAGCUGCAGGACUUCUUCAACCAAAACAUGUUUGUACUGGAGGAAAAGGAGUACAAGAGAGAGAACAUUCGCUGCGACGAGUCCUUUGAUUACAGAAAUGAUCUACAGCCUACCAUCAGCUUGAUUGAAAGCGCCAAGAACCCAAUCGGUAUCCUGUCCUGUCUGGAAGACGAGUGUGUAACUCAAGGUACUGACGACCGUUUGCUGGCCAAGAUUUCUGAGCAAAACAGAUCCAACACACGCUUCACUCGGGACAAGUACAAUGAAGGGUUCUCCAUCAAACAUUAUGCGGGUGAAGUCAAGUACCAAACAGCAGGCUGGAUUGAGCGUGGCAAGGACCCUUUGAACGAACAUGUCGCUCGCUUAUUUGCUGAGUCCACAAACCCACAUGUCGCUGCUUUAUUCAAGGAUUAUGCUGUCGAUUUGCCCAAAUCUCCUGUUCGUGCCUUGGAUAUCCGUAAGCCACUGAAUCGUACUCGCAAAGGUGGCGGCAAUUUCCACACUGUCGGAUACAAGCACAAGCAGCAGCUCAGUAUUUUGAUGAACACGCUCCAAAACACACAUCCUCAUUUUGUGCGUUGUAUCUUGCCCAAUGACCGUAAGCGUCCUGGCGAAAUCCAGCCACAGCUGGUGCUUCACCAGUUACGCUGCAAUGGUGUGUUGGAGGGUAUCCGUAUCUGUCGUGUGGGCUUCCCAAAUCGUCUGCUGUUUGAGCAGUUCCGUGAGCAAUACAAACUACUUGCACCUGAUCUCAUCAAAAACGAACGCGACCAUCGCAAAGCGUGCCAAAUGUUGCUGGAGACAAGCCAACUGGAUGCAAAUCAGUUCCAAAUUGGUCGUACAAAGGUGUUUUUCAAAGCAGGCGUGCUAGGUGAGCUGGAGGAGCAGCGUGAUUUGAGGCUCUCUGAGAUUGCUACCAAGAUUCAGGCUGCAUGUCUUGGCCUAAUUACUCGUCGCAAGGUGAUUCAACGUCAAUCGCAAGACAAGCUGAUUCGCACCAUCCAACGCAACAGCCGCAUCUACAUUGAUAUCAUGCAGUCAAGACUAUGGAAGGUGUAUCAUCGUCGAAAGGAGCUUCAGUACACAUUUGGCGCUGAAAAUGCAGAUCGUAAAAAGAUUGAUGAUUUGGAGCAAGUGCUGGCUGUUUCUCAAGAUCAACUCAAGGAGCUGUCUAUUGAAAACCAACAUCAACAAAAGACUAUUGAGUCCCAAGAAGCAGCACUGGAGGAGCAGCAGCAAGAGCUAGAGCGUAUCCACCAAUCCUGCUUGUCGCUAGAGGAAGAACGCGAUGAUUGGGUCGCCAAAUACAGACAGCUAGAACAAGAGCUCAAGGACACACAGUCAAAACUCGCACACACAGAGUCAGAGUUCUGUGCUACCAAGCAAUUCAGUGAAGAGCAGGCUGUCAUGCUGUCCAAGAUCCACAAGGACAUCCAAGAAGAGUCUGAAGAGAAUGAAGCCCUCAUGAUCCAAUGUGAUGAACUGUGCAAAGAGAACAGCGAACUUCAAGAGCGAGUCCACUUUUUGGAGAACGACAAGACCAUCUCGGAUGAGCUACAGUCUGAAUUAAAUAAGCGCGAUCAAGAAAACAAGCAGCUGAUGCUUGAAAUACAAGACAAGGAAACGAGCCUUCAUACCAAAGAGGACGAAAUUGCAGAUUUACAGGAUAUGAUUGAAACAGAGAGAAAAAACAGACAGGAAAUCAAUGCCGAGUUGAAUGAUCUGCGGAAACAAGUCUCGGCAUACAAGGGCGAGAUCCAUGAAAGGACUAUGGCACAUCAAUCGGUUCAAUCCAAGUUUGGCGCUAUGGAGGCGAGUCUAGCAAAAGAAGUCGAGGAGAGGAAAUUAUGUCAAAAGAAGAAUAUACAACUGGAAAGAGAUGUAGACAUGUUGACCAAGUUGGUGCAAACUGAAGCAAAAGAAUCUCGUGCGAGAGCUGCCAGGCUGGAGAGCAUGGUGGCGUCUUUGCUUAAAAGAAAUGCGCUAGAUUAA